ACGCAAAUAUACACAUGCGCACGAAUUUCAGAGUACUUUUAACGGAAACUUCUGAUCGUUGUUCUCUCUUUCAACGUCAGCGUUAGGAGAAAGACAUAGGAUGGCGGACUCAGCUCCAGCCGCACGCGGUGGUUUUCGUGGAGGUUUCGGAGGUUCGAGAGGAGGUAGAGGUGGCCCCCGAGGCCGCGGACGUGGUCGCGGCAGAGGAAGGGGCCGUGGAAAGGAAGAUUCCAAAGAAUGGACUCCUGUGACCAAGUUAGGUCGUUUAGUGAGGGACGGUAAGAUCCGCUCACUUGAAGAAAUCUACCUGUACUCGCUACCAAUUAAAGAGUAUGAAAUCAUUGAUUUCUUUAUUGGUACCGACUUAAAAGACGAGGUGUUGAAAAUUAUGCCCGUUCAGAAACAAACCCGCGCUGGUCAACGGACGCGAUUCAAGGCAUUCGUAGCUAUUGGUGACGGAAAAGGUCACAUUGGGUUGGGGGUGAAGUGUAGCAAAGAAGUUGCUACAGCUAUUCGUGGGGCGAUUAUCCUGGCGAAACUUUCGGUUGUCCCUGUAAGGUUAGGUUACUGGGGAAACAAGAUUGGUAAGCCCCACACGAUUCCUUGUAAAGUAACAGGAAAAUGCGGUUCAGUUACGGUGAGGUUGAUUCCUGCACCACGUGGUACUGGAAUCGUUUCCGCCCCCGUUCCCAAGAAAUUACUGCAAAUGGCAGGAAUUGAAGAUUGUUACACCUCUGCCAGAGGAAGCACGGGGACAUUGGGUAACUUUGCUAAAGCUACAUUUGCGGCAAUCGCGAAGACGUACGCGUAUCUGACGCCAGAUUUAUGGAAGGAUAUGCCGUUGACGAAAACUCCAUACCAGGAGUAUGCAGACUAUUUGCAUAAAAAUCAUAGGACAUUGUCCGGUCAACAUCCAACAGAAGCCGUCUGAGAACAGGAUGAGCUUAAAGGUUGAGAUGGGUCCAACAAGGCGCUAAUAAAAAUGCAUAUGUUGAGACUAAUUGAUAAAAAAUAAAGUUCUUUUGAAAAAAUGAAAUAAA